CUACUUAUUUCUCAUUUGAAUGGAAGGGAUCAGUUCGGGCAGAAUGUACUACGGUCCGAUUCGAUGCGUCCGCGUCUCGUCACAAAGCGGCUAGUCUCGGUCUCGGGUACAAAAUAGUACCACGGUCGAAGCGCGUGCAUGUCACUUGCACCAGUCAUCCACAAGAAAGGUAUGGGGAACAAGUGUUGAGGAAACAUGGCGGCGCAUUGGAACGUGCUAGAGUGAUGCAGUGUACGCGUAACGAGACACGCUCGAGUUCGACUGACCAAAGAGGCCUCGUUCGCUAAAUAUCUACCCGGCCAAAUGACAUGGGAAUUUGUAAUCGAAGACACUUCCUGCUGACAAUAUGUGUCUUACAACUUAUUACUACUGUGGAGCGCCAAGUUUUCGACUUUUUAGGCUUUAUGUGGGCCCCGAUACUGGUUAACUUCUUCAAUAUUAUAUUUGUCAUCUUAGGAUUUUUUGGGGCCUUUCAAUAUAGACCUAAAUAUAUUAUAUCAUACUGUAUAUGGAACACUGUAUGGUUAGGAUGGAAUAUUUUCAUGAUAUGCUUUUAUCUCAACGUGGGUGUACUGGACAAAAAUAGCGAUAUUUUAAAUCUUGGAACAGGUAGUUUUUCAUGGUGGCAUGUAAAUGGACCAGGUUGCAAACCAAUUUUUGAUGUCACAGAGCCUGAACUGUUUAGACCUGCAAGGCCUACAAAUGUAACAGACUGUGUACUAGAUUAUGAAGUAGUUGAAAUUUUACACGCGUCUACGCAAUGUAUCUUAGGUUUUAUCGCGGUCGUGGGUGGUAUUUGCCUAAGUAAAGUUUUCAUGGAAGAAGAUGAUAGCUUUGACUUUGUGGGAGGUGAUGACUUCGGGUUGGCAGGCCACACACCGUUACAUCCUAUGUACGUUAGCUACUCGGCUCUUCCAUCACCUGCCCACCCUCAAAAAAAUUCCAAUCAAAAUUACCCAGAAGGCACAGUUAGCUCUCAUCAAUCGGUUGGUCACGAUACCAGCUUCCCAAAGCAAAACGACAAAUUCUUAAACAACUCGGUGCGAAGUAAAAAUAGUUUUCGAAACGACACGAUCAGAACCACCAGAAGCAACGUGUCUAAUCGCGAUUUGAAGUACGUGGAUUAUUCUAACGACUACUCAAACCCCUUAGAUCAUUUGCAAAGACCCGUGUCUCCGUGCGACGAGUACGACUCUUUGGACAGUGCGGCUAAAUUGAGAUAUCAGAGAAACAAAAUGUAUUAUCCGCAUUCAUCGAAAUACAGUCCCGUUGCAUCACCGCGUGUAAAGUCUCGCCCUGCCACAGCGAAACAAUCUAAAGUCUCCAACAAGCCUAGAGUUUUCACGGAUCACGUCCGUGAGCAACCUCUACGAUCGUUUUACUCGGAUCCUAGAUUGGCGAUCGAGAAUCAACAGAACGCGAACGAACAAGAAAGUUCGAGCAGGUCUCACAAUCACAGAGACAGUAGACCGCUGUCGUUGUACGCCAUACAAACUAAACGGAAGAAAAAGCAGCCGAGGCCGUUGUAUAGUAUCGAGUACUCUCAGCCGGAGCCGCCGGUGCACGAUGACAGUGUAUCCCCGAAACCGAUGACCCCGCGCAGAGUGAAACGCAGGUCGGUCAUCUCCCGGGACGGAACGCGAAGAUCCAGCCGCAGGAGUUCGGUCAGGCAGUCGCGGCGAAAGAAUCCCGUGAACCGUAUCAUGGACCAUCAGGAGAGCCUGUACGCGAACACCACGCCCAGCAAUCUGACCAACCAGAACGUCAACUCGCUGUCCCAGGGUACCCUUAAUUACGACAGAAUCUCGAUGAGCUGGGACAGAGACAGAAACUCGAACUGGCAACCGGAAGCCGUCAACAUGGCCGUGUCCUCGCCGACGCUUUGGAACCAGGACUCCUCCAACAAUUAUUCCAACACGAGCAACUACGCGAACCAAAAUUAUCCGAAUUGGGACGCCAGCAGCUCCACCAGGAACCUCACCGAUAAUUGGCAGCCAAACGAAGUGAAUCCUAUGCAGUGGCAAGGCCAGAGCAAUCCGACAUUCCAGCAGACCAGCACGCAAAGUCUGAACGGCGAAGACUUGGACGAUUUGUACAAUAAUCGGCCAGCCAGCGCCAGGUCCAGCUACAGUAAUUAUCAUGGGGUAAGAGCGACACCUCAGGUGCCUAAUAGGACCGAUAUCGUUAGACAGAGUCAGAGACAGUUCGUUCUCAGCGGACCACCCGCUUAUCAGGACACGGUGAUCUGAGGUGUCGUUCGCGGGCUUGCGUUCGCGGAAGACGCAACGUCGGGGGAUGAAAGCUACUGCAAUUACAACUUACAACUGGGGAACGUAACUGUCGACGAACGUCGCGGAUGUUACUCGAACCAGUAGAUAAGAUUGCUGACUGAUCUCAUCGGUAUCAUCCCCGAGUCUUUCACGGUUUACAUAUUUUCAUGCGAACGUUGGCUACUGUUAGCAAAUGAUAGUACCGUAUAUGCUACGGCGAUCUUACGUUAGUACUGUUACCGUUAAGGUACAGUGAGUGAGAGAAGGUGGUCCCCCUUUCUCGACAUUUCACUGAUUUACAAGCUUUACUCGACAGCAGCGGAUGCAAUUUUUAUAGCACGACCCACCCGCGUCUUGUUGUACCCUGUAUAAAUAUGAAUUCGAGUCCCCCAAAACGGGGGAGCUCUUUAUGAAGUUUUUGAUAAUCUUUACAUUGUAUCGAAUCUCGUAAUAUUUCGUAGAUCUCGUAGACUUUGCCUUCUUAAUCUCUCCGCCUUUUGUCUCAGGAUCGAACGCGUUGGAGUUUAUUCAGCGGCAAACACUUGGCUUUACGAUCGUUAACAAUUUUCGAAUUCUCGGUCAACCAAAUAUUUCACGUUUCCACAGCCAAUUUGUAUCGCCGUUCAAACUGUGUUCAUUCGAACGAUCAUCUGUAAAUAUCGAAUUACGAUCAUGACAAUCAUCCUUUAUUUAUACGAUUCGAGCCUUAAAUACACACGUACGAUGCACCUUCUGGGCACGUAUGAAGCAAAGGAAGAUCACUACUUUCUUACACGCAUACUAUUUUCCGAAAGGAUAUUUAAGAUUUGCACUGAACGCCAUUGUAUUGUUACGAUAGUGUCAUAGUCUUCCAGAUUACGAGAGGAAAAAUGUUGUAUAGGUAUGAGCUACGCGGGGACCAAAAUAGAUAACACGGCGCUUCGAUCUUUACCGUCGAGGACGAAUCUAUGGAAAUAAGGAAGAAGUUUUCGAAAAAGAAAAAAAAAACGAUUUACAGGUGAUUUAUCUUGGUCUCGUGUAGUCUCCAUAUAUUGUUUUCUAUGAUGUAUGCACUGCGCGUGAAAAGUGCAAUAAGGUUUUCUCAUCGGAGUUGCAAACUAUUUUUUCAUACGAUAAAUCAAAAUAGAUUACGUCGAUGAUGCUGUUGAACUGUACGUACUUAAGUACAUUCGUAGAUUACCUGGUAGAAUGUGAAAUGGAAACCAAAGUAUUAAACAUCGAUGUAAGUUAUAUUAAUAAUAUCUACUUGUAACUAUUCUACGUAACGUUAAACUACUCCUUAACUUGUUCUUCGACUUUCGUACAAUGUUAGACAUUUAAUUCCGCGUGUCGCGCACAAUCGACAUUAGAUACUUAAUUCUCGUCGACAAGAAUCUCUCAAGUGUGAAAGCGCUCGGUCUAUCGAUCAGAGACACUGCACCUGCUGUCAGUCGCACGACUAACGAACAGUUGCACUUUUGUUCGUUACAGCCGGAUCGAUAAACGGACCGCUCAACCCGUAGUGAACAACUAAAUCGUGCCUCGUUAGGACUUAAUCGUUCCCCCGUGUUUAAUCGUUAUCCGCCUGCGAGAUUUCGAGCUCGCAAUUCGACGGAUCCGUCGCCACAGCGACACGAUAGACUGACCGUUUUACUGGCAGCACGGUGCGUCAUCUUUACUAUUACCUUUCUAUCCACCUUUCCGUGUACAAUGUACCACGAAUACAAUAACUGCAAGACAAUAAACGAAAAAUGAGAUUUUAUCUAGACU